CAAAUCAGAAAUCGUUUGAUUCUCGGGAGAGGAAGACCCUUCCACAUUUGGUCUUAACUCGGAGUGUGAGGGUGUGGUUCUCGUAGGCCAUUACUUUGGGUGUAUGUUGCAGGCUGUGUAGUGCAGGCACAGCGGAGUCUUAAUCCCCAUCGUUGGCAGGCUGGAUCCAGGCAGCACAGGCCAGGUAAAGCCACCACAUCUGCCCUCAUCUCACCAGGCACGACUGUUCCAAAGAACUGGACGAGCUGGGCUCGUACUUCAUCCUUGAACUCAGAGUUCGUGACUUGUGAUUCAUCGUAGCAAUCUUGUGGCUCUCAGCCCCCAUCAUUUCGUCUGCGAAUCUGGACUGGCUUUUCGUCGAGAGUUCGCUCGCUUUACUUCGCGUCGUCGAAGCCACCGCAGCUCGCUCUUAGACGACUAUAUUCAUCGGACCAACGAUAGUCAUUGACGAUGUCGAAGGGGUCCUUAUUCUGAACUAUUUAAAUUAUAACCAGAUUAGAUAUACUACGGUCCAGUUUGUUGUAGGUCCAAGGUUGUAGAAGACAGUGGUGCAUGUGGAGGUCAGGGCAAGGAGGCUUUACUGCGUGUACGCCUGUAUGUGCCAGUGCUGUGUGCAUCGGGACUUCAUUGCGCUGCGUAAACUGUCUGCAUAUGGUAAGUUUGUAACUAAACCUGUGGAGUGGCCUACAGUAUGGAGAGAGACAAGUUCAUUGCACAAGGAGAGAAGUUUGGUUUAGAGGGUGAUAAAUUGAGAGCAUAUGUUGAUGGAUGUGUGCGAGAAGCUAGAGAUGAAAGAGCAGCAGCAAGGAGUGCUGAGGUUGCAGCUAGGAAUGCUGAGAUUGAAGCUAGGAAGGCAGAAUCUUAUAUAAUAGCUCAACGGGAUGAAGCUAGGAAAAAAGAAUCAGAGUUAUUAGAUAAACAGAUUAAACUUGAAGAGUUAAGGAAAAAUAAUGGGACAGAAAAUGUUUCACGUGCAGGGCAUUCACAUAAGCCUAGUAUUCCGCCCCUCCCUGUUUUUCAAGAAGGAAAGGAUGACUUAGAUAGUUAUUUGUCUAGAUUUGAGAAACACGCCAUAAUUGUGGGUUGGGAUAGGUCAGUAUGGGCACCUGCAUUGUGUGCGUUGAUGUCAGGUAAGGCUCUUGAUAUAAUUUCAAGACUUACAGUGUCCCAGGCUCAGGAGUAUGAAACAGUAAAAUCCUCACUUCUUAAAGGGUAUGAUCUUACAGAAGAAGGGUAUAGGACUAAGUUCAGGUACGCUAAACUCAAUAAUGGUGAGACCUAUGUGCAGUACGCUUGCAGGAUUGAGAAGUAUCUCAAUCAUUGGAUCGAGCUAAGCUCUUAUGAUGACAAUAUGGAAGGUCUGAAGAGUUUGCUCAUCCAGGAGCAAGUAUAUAAUUCAUGUGGAAAAGAAUUAUUGAUGUUCAUUAAGGAACGUCACCCCUGUAAUCUGUCGGAAGUCCUAAAUCUAGCUGAUCAAUUCAAUGAAGCCCAUGCAGAUAUGAGAAUAAGGAGAAUGAAUAAAGCCCAUCAGUCCAGUUCUAAAAAUGUAAAUCCUAAUGUGAAUAAGAGUAAUAACAAUGCAAUUAGUCACACUAAGGCUGAAAAACCAGGUAAGUCCAAAUUUGAUGACAAGAAGUGUUUCAAUUGUAAUAAAUUUGGACAUAUCUCUUUUAAUUGUCCAAACAAGAAAGGUCGUCGAGAGAUGGGAGCCAGUGUUGUCGCAGGCAGGUCAGCAGAAGACACAUCAGCUGGAGAUGAUGCUGCAGCAGGACCUACCGACACUAGAGAGAUGGCCGGACACUUCAACCACAAGAGUUUGAGUCUAAUCGUGCAGGAGAAUCUCACAGAAGAUGGAAGCGGAGUGAAGUUGGCAUCUGGUGACACUCUACCGGUACUAUCGGCAGUGGCGAGUGGAUCAGAAGUGGAGAUGCCAGUCGUCGAUGGAUUGGUGAAUGGGAAGCCCGUGGAUGUUCUUCGCGACAGUGGUUGCACAACAGUCAUCGUCCGAUAUGAGUUGGUGCGUGAAGAGCAGUUCUUUGGAGAUAGGCUGACGUGUUUGCUCGUCGACCGGACGCUGAGAAACUUCCGACGUGCCAAAAUCGACAUAGAUACUCCAUACUUCAAGGGUAAGGUAGAAGCACUAUGUGUACCAACCCCUGUUUAUGAUCUUGUAUUAGGUAAUAUUCCUGGAGCGAGGCAACCAGCUGAUCCAGACGGAGACUGGACGCCAGGAGAUCAUCAAGGCAGUGCAGUGGAGACAAGAGGGCAGAAGCGGCAGGCGGGACGGACAAGGCCCCCUCUUCCUGUACCCAAGCCACUAGAAGACAUGGUGUCAGUGGAUAAUCUCAUCCAGGCCCAGAAGGAAGACAGCUCGUUGGAUGCCUCUAGGAAAGCCGCUGAGAAAGGAGAAAAGAAGAUAAGUAAGGGUGGAAAUUCAUCUUGCUUUUUCUUUAAGAAGGAUGUACUCUAUAGGGAAUACAUGGAUGCAACCCCAGGGUCAGAUGUUCUGUUACAAGUUGUCGUGCCCACCAAGUUCAGAAAUCAAGUCUUAAAACUGGCUCAUGAGUCGAUUCUAGGUGGCCAUCUAGGGAAUAAGAAGACCUGUGAAAAGAUCUUGAUGCAUUUCUUCUGGCCAGGUAUGCAUGCAGAUGUAGUCCGGUAUUGUCGGUCAUGUGGGCCAUGUCAACGUACUUCGCCGAAGGGAAAGGUCACGAAGGUACCUCUGGGAUCAACCCCUCUCAUCGAUGAACCUUUCAGACGUGUGGCGAUGGACUUGGUUGGACCGAUAGAGCCGGCUAGUAGUAAAGGUAACCGAUUCAUACUAACUGUUGUAGAUUAUGCUACUCGUUACCCAGAAGCAGUAGCGCUUCGCCGUAUUGACGCACAGACGGUUGCGGAGGCACUGAUGGACAUCUACUCCAGGGUAGGGAUACCACGAGAGGUGUUGACAGACCGUGGCAGCCAAUUCACAUCAGAGCUGAUGAAGGAAGUGAGUCGUCUACUCUCCAUCCGGCAGAUGACUACUACACCCUAUCAUCCUGCUUGCAAUGGGCUAGUUGAACGCUUCAAUGGUACCUUGAAGUCCAUGCUCCGCAAAAUGUGUGAAGAAAGACCCAAGGAUUGGGAAAGGUAUCUUAACCCCCUCUUGUUUGCUUACAGAGAUUCAGUGCAGGAGAGCACAGGCUUCUCACCCUUUGAACUCCUGUAUGGGAGAGCAGUUCGAGGCCCUCUUGCUAUUCUUCAAGAGCUCUGGACGGGUGAGGUUGACGAGCCAGAUACCAAGACUACUUACCAAUACGUACUGGAUCUGAAGGAGAGGCUGGAGUCGACGUGUCAACUUGCCCAGCAGAAUCUCAGCAAAUCAGCAGAGAAAUACAGAAGACAGUACAACAAGAAAGCCAAGGAGCGAAAAUUUGAAGUCGACGACGAAGUUCUUCUACUUCCAAGCGACAACAACAAGUUGUUGAUGCACUGGAAAGGACCUUUCAAGGUGGUGCAGAAGGUAGGACCUCUCGACUACAAAAUCGAUUUGGACGGGAAGACGAAGACAUUUCACGCAAACCUUCUGAAGAAAUAUUACAGGAGAGAUUCUACAUGAAGCAGAAACCAGGAUGAGUGU